CUAGCUUAGCCUUAGCUGGCUUGGCUUCUGACUUAUCCUACUGGAUAACAUGGGGAGCAAGCUAACUCCUCCUUACAUGCUAAUUUAUUACUCACUGCCAGGUCCUUUGAAAGUUCUUAAAUCCUAAUAUUUUUUGUUUAUUAAUGAUCGGAUCGGUGCCCCAUGUAACAUAUCGAAUGAUAGAUUAUUUUACAUAUACGGUGAGAUUUUAUUUGUUCAACGCGUAUCUCGGAUAGAAAUGCUGCUAGCGUUAAAAACUAACAAGUUUGUCGUUAGCCUUUGUUCCGAGUGUGGAACGGCAAUGAGGAGGUCAACGAGCCUGCGGCUGCUCGGACUGCAGUGGGACAAGUUAUUGUUCGACUGCAUCUUUGUGCUCCUGUUAUUUCAGCCCUCGGAGUCGUGUGCUGCCGAGCCACCGGAACACGGAACCAGCACCGACACGCUGAUACUAUGUAGGGCAUGUGGACACGAAGUGGCGUUCGGCACCGACAUCCACUUCGUUCCCAGCCGCAUGGCACUGUCUAGCCGCAACGACACGUCAGUAGGUGGCCGAAGGAUCCACGUCCAGCUCUUCGAGAACCCCCACGGACACCAGUUCGAGGUGAUUACAUUCAGAAGAGCGGACAUUAUUAAGCAUUGGCCGGCUGACAGGCACUUCUCCUGGUACCCGGGGUUCUCUUGGACCGUAGCUACCUGUCCUAGGUGUAAAACCCAUUUAGGUUGGGCCUUCCAGCCAAGCAGUUGGCCAGACACAAUCCCAAAUAAUAAAUUUGAAGAGUCUGAAAACACCUUCUCGGCUUUAAUCACCGACAGAAUAUUGAGAGAAGACUUUGCCUCAAGUUUGCUCAUGACUCCCAAGUCCUUUACAAACUGAUGAACUUGACUCAAGGUUUAAUUUUGGUGCCUUUACUGCUUUCCAAAUAAAAUUGUAUCCCUCGUUUUUGUUUGAAGACUCCCACACAUGCAUACACAGUUCAGUUUUAUUAUUGUAACGAAAGCAAGUUUUACACCUUAAAUUUGAAACACAUUUUUUAAGUGUAAAUUCUGAGAAAACAUGUCUGUUAAAACAUUCAAGCAGCAGAAGGGGCCAAAAUUUACAAGUUUUUUUCAGUUUUAUUCUUUAUUAAAAAUGUCAUUUCAAAUCUUGUGGAUAUCUGUAAAACAAUACAAUGAAAAAAAAAAAAAAAAAGUCCCAUAGAAAUGGUGUCAAAAUAACCGAUCUCCCCAAUAACCGAUACACUCCUGCCCCUCCCCAGCUUACCCCCACCCCCCAACCCCAAACAUUACAAGUCAAAGGAAUGAGCUGGUACUCGAUAACCACACGGGGGGGACAACAAAUAAAAAUACUUUAAAGGGCACCUUGUCCCUCGUAGAAAAAAAAUUAUAUUGAAAGGUCUGCUAGCACUAGGUCACUACACCAUGGCUUCAGUUGAUUUACCACAACCUUAGACAGGAGGAACUCUGACAUGUCUUCAUUCUACUGAGGAUGCUGUGCUGAUUCUAUUUUUUAUUAUUAUUUUGAGAUGUCUUCAGGGAUGGUACUCACAAUUCAGGGCAAAGUGCCAUUGGCCUUAGAGGAGUUGAAGGAGAACAUAACAUGGCAUCAGCAGGUGAAGAGGCUUCAGAAUGGAAAGUGAAGCACAUAUGGACAAAAGUAAAAAACAAACAAAAAAAAAA